AUGGCGGCAAAGGGUGGCAAGGGGGCGGCAGCACUGCUGGCAACGACCAAGCGAAGCUGCAAGUCGUACUACGAUUUGCUUGGGGUGCCGGCUACAGCCCAUCUCGACGACAUCAAGAAGGCAUUUCGAAAGAAGGUGCUGUUGCUCCACCCAGACAAAAAUCAGGAUGCACCCGAGGAGGCGGCAGAGCUGUUCAGCCUCGUGCAGGUGGCCUACAACACCCUCAGCCAAGUGGAGUUGAGGGACAAGUACGACGCCAGCCUGCGCGCCAGUGGGGAUGAGCGCCUCACGCCGCUCAUGCUCGAAGGCAACGAAAUCUGGCAGGCCUUCGAGGUCAUGGACAAGUUCAGGACGCAAGGCUUUGCUGUCCUCAGCAAGGUGGACGAGCUGGAGCGGCGGUACAAGAUCCCAGCGGGCCAGCUGCGCUUCCGGGAGGGCGUGCCGUGCGCGGGCUACGAGUCCGGCUGCCGCCACAUCCGGCGCCUCAGCGCCGCCGAUUGCACCGGCCUCGUCGACACCCAAUCGACCACCAUCACCUCUACUACCACCACCACCACCGCCGCCGCCACGACUCCCAUCACACCUCAGCCGCAAACAAACAAGCCCGGCGCAGCGAAGCAGGCGCCGACGCCCUCGAGUGCGGGGAAGAAGACCAGCAGCGAUGAUCAGCGUAUCUUCCUGUGCCACCGCCACAACUGCCUGCACAUGUGCGCGGGCGACCACUGCACGGCCGACGAGCAGAUCUGCCCCGUCUACGCCCUGUGGCUCGUCGAGCGGUGGAUGGACGCCCGGCGGCGGCGCUGGGACGCCAUGUUCGCCCAGGGCGAGUGGAGCGUGCAGGUGAGCCACCGCCCGGGCGCCGGCUGCGGGCUGCCCUACUGGUUCAACGCCAAGACCGGCCGCUCGCUCUGGGUCGACGAGUGGGAGCGCGACGAUGUACUGCGCGCCCGAGACGACUAUGACCGCCGGGCCGCCGCCGCCCGCGUAGUCCGUGACGACAGCCACGGCCACGCCCAUGGCGAUGCUGCCAAGCAGAGCGAGCAGGAGCGCCUCACACCAGUGUCGCCCGAGCUCGACACCGCGCCUCGGUCGGCCAAGAUCACCACCAGCGACGCGCCAACGAGGCGGCCUGCAGUGUCGACAGAGACUGAAAAAGAGCAGGCAGAAAAAAAGGAAGAGGGAAAGGAGGAGGAGGAGGAGCGGCACGUGUGUACAUACGAGGUGUGCCAUCGGCACGGGUACGAGGAGCUCGACCGGGACGUGUGGGUGUGCCACGUGGGCAGGGCGCCCCACCUCUGCACCCGCCUCCAGUGCCACCUCACCCGACGCGAGCAGAACGGCUCCGUGGUCUGCUGGGCCACCCGCAAGCUCUACGCCGCCGGAUCCGGCGAAGAGGAGUACGCGAUCGGGGACUACGAGGCGUCGGUGCUGUACGAGGACAAGGAGGCCAAGGCUCUGGGCGUGACGACCAAGACCCUCACCUACGUGAGCGAGACGACCGGCGAGGUGGUGACCGCCGAGGUCGAGGUGCCCCGCGGUCUGAAGCUCAACUUUGCCGGUCCGGGCCUCAUCGCCUACGGCGGCCCGGCAGCGUCGACGCUGGGCAAGCGCGGCCGGCUCGAGGCUGCGGCGGUGGAGGACGAGGUCGAGCUGGACCCCGAGCGCGCGCAGGCCGACGAGGCCAAGCUGACGCAGAGGGACAUCAAGCGGAUCAAGCGGCUCGAGCUCGACCUCAACGAGGAGAAGCGACGCGAGCGCGAGGAGAUGAAGCUCACCGAAAAGGAGGACGUUGCGCCGGAGGAGGAGCCGCGCGAGGACGAAGACGAAGACGAUGUCGUCGCUGAGUCUGAGCAGCAAGCGGCGGUCGCUGAUGAAACGAAGCGGGAAGAAGCGGAGGUCGAGCCAGCAGCGCCGGCCCUGAAGGCCCCGCUCCCGCCAUCGCACGCCCGAUCCCGGCUGCGCCGGAUGAUGGUCGAGAAGGAACAGCAAGUCAAGCAGGAGCAGCGGGAGAGGGAGGAGGACAUCUACGCGCACGCGUCGGACACGAUCUAUUCGAUCUACGGCGGCUCGCUGGAUCUGGUGGGCCACCGGAAGGAGGAGGAGUGGGAAACGAUCCAGGGCUUCGCGGGCGGCUUCGAGGGCGUGCAGGAGGAGGAAGAGGAGGAGCGCGACGUGGAGACAGAGGCCAAGGAGAUGAAGGCCCUCCGCCACAAGAAGCUCGAGUACAAGGCCAAGCAGCACGUCGGCCUCAUCGAAGGCGCCAAGAAGAAGGAAAAGACAGACAAGAAAGAGCACCACCAGCCCGACGCCGCCUCCGCUCAGCCGAUCCCGCGACGACACUGA